AUGAUGGCCGACGACCCGCCGCGGCGUCCGCCGUCGGCGCUAGCGAGGAAGAGCGCGCCGGCGCAGCCGUGGUCGGACGUCGAGACGAUGCACCUCAUCGACGCGUACGAGGAGCGCUGGACGGCGCUGCGCCGCGGCCAGCUCAAGGCGCACCAGUGGGAGGAGGUGGCGGCCGAGGAGGAGGAAGAGGAAGAGCUCGUCCCCCGCAACAACACCCGGAGCAUCAACGGCAUCAUCCGGGAAUUCGGCACCGGCCUCGCCCCGCGCCACCCGCAGCUGCAGCUCCACCAGCCGCCGCCUUCUUCCAUCACGCCGUCCACCGCGCCCCCGCGCAAGAGGGUGGCCUACGAGGCGUUCCAGGCCAAGGCCGCCGCCGCCGCGGCGGCGGUGGCGGUCAAGGCCAAGGACGACGACGACGAGGCCGUGGAGCUGGCCCGCCGCGGGGGCUCCUCUGGGCGGGGGGCUGGGGGAGCCGGCGCGCAGCUCUCGGCUGUGCUGAGGGAUUUCGGCGAGGGCGUCAUGCGGCUGGAGCGGCGGCGCAUGGAGGUGCAGUGGGAGAUCGAGCGCGGGUGGCAGGAGGCGGACGCCCGCCACGCCAGGAUGCUGCAGGACGCGCAGCGCCAGCUACUCGACACCGUCGCCGCCGCCUGCGCCUUGCCGCCGAAGAAGGCCCGGAGGGACCAUGGAGACUCGUAG